CGACGGGGCGUGCGCGCACUUCCUGUUUGAAGAGUUGUCGCUCGCGCGCGUCACGUUAGCUUGUUAGUUGCACUUUAGCCGGCCGAUGCUAAACUAGACCUGCUCCUCGCCGCUGCUCCACUCGGCUUUCACUUUACACCACAGAAGAGUCGAACGCCCGGAGAGGUCAUGGCAGAUUUCUCUCUGUCAGACGCUUUGGGAGACAGCACCCCGAGCAAGGCCACGUCUCAAGGCAACACCAACCCCACGGCUCCCGCCAACAAUGCUCAGCAUCCUUCCAACCCGGGGUGGCCCGCCUCCGCCCCGGGAGCCCCCACCCAGCCCUCGGCCCCGUCCGGCUACCCCGGCGGAUCCGGCCCCGGCGCGCCGGGCCAGUUCCCGUUCCCUUCGGGCCCCGGAGCACCGGGUCACUACCCGGGACCGCCUUCAGCACCCGGUGGCUACCCGUCCGGUCCCGGCGUACCUGGACAGUUUCCUCCAGCACCAGGGGCUCCAGGGCAGUAUCCCUCCGGUCCUGGGGCGCCGGGCCAGUUCCCUGGGCACUACCCGCCCGAAGGAGCUCCAGGACAGCUUCCCGGAGGCCCCGUUCCUUAUCCGGCUGGACCUUUCCCCUCCGGCCCCGGAGCUCCUCCUGGCCCAUAUUCAAACAUGCCGUUACCGGGUAACUACCCGCCAGGGGGUGACGGCAUGUACGGACCGGGGGGUCCGGGUGGUUAUCCCCCUCCAGCCGGUCCGGGCAGUUACCCUCCCCCAGCCGGUCCAGGCUCUUUCCCAGCGUACCCCAGCGGAGGCUUCCCCCCAAUUCCCCCUGGAUCCUGGGGAUCUGCAGGUGGAGGUUUCCCACCCGCCCCUGGCCCCUUCGGUCCUGGGCCUGGCCCAAUGGGACCUUAUGACGGGCCCCCUGCUCCAGGAGGCAUGUUGAUGGUGCCAUACGAUCUCCAACUCCACGCAGGGAUUCUGCCCCGUCUUGUCAUCACCAUCGUCGGGGAGCCUCUGCCCGGCGCCAACCGGUUCCAAGUUGACUUCAUCAAAGGUCCAGACGUGGUCUUCCACCUAAAUCCCCGCUUCAGCGAGCAGACGAUUGUUCGAAACUCAAGCAUCGGCGGAUGUUGGGGGCCGGAGGAGCGUGACGGUCACUACCCGUUUGUUCCAGGUCAACGUUUUGAGCUGAAGAUCCUGGUGGAGGAGGACAGUUUUAAGGUGGCCGUGGACGGCAACCACCUGCUGGAGUACGAACACCGCGUGGGCGGUAUGGAGGACGUCACCCUGAUGCGAGUGGCCGGUGACGUGGUCCUGUACAGCGCCUCGCCCAGCAUGAUCUGAUGUGCUCGCACACAAACUCAGACGCUCCUAUUUGAAAAUCCCUUCCAAAAACCGCGCUUUUGACGGAAUUUGAGACACGCACGCACACACACACACACCACACACUAAUCAGCACAGUGCAAUGUUCUUUUUUUGUAUAUUUAUCUCAGCUGAUGGCACAUACAUGCCGAGAAUUACAUGACAACACUUCUACACUAUAAUGUGUCCAGACAUCUCAUCAUAAUGUACAAUAUGCAGGAUGAUAUAUUAACCAUAUGUUUACUAUUGUACAUGUCUUUGCAACUACAAGACAACACAAUGCAUUUCCACCACACAUAUUCAAUGCUGUAUCGCAUUUCCAGCAUACUGUAAAUGCACUUUGCAGUUGUUCCGCAUUUCAAAUUUAGCGUGCUCUUCAAAUUUGUCCAAAUCAUUGCUGGUGGCUGAGAAAAGUGUUAAAUUGCCAAAGAUGACAUUAUUUCUCGGCCAAAAUCCAAUGAGUGACGAUGCGUUUGAGUGAAUCUAGUCUACUCUCUGACUGAUUUUCAAGAUGUAUUAGAUGAUUGACUGAAAUAAAAAUGUGUCUUCACAGG